GUUACAGGUUGCAAAGGUUCUCUGGUUGUGUACCCAUAGCGUAGCCCUCUAGCUAUAAGCUAAAUAAAUAGUUAUAUGGUUGUGGUUGUAGCUUGCACGUUUGUUAGAACUGGCUUGUUGGCUACUUAGUUAUUUUUCUCAGUUGAUUUGCUGAUCAAAUCUCUUAGUUCACUAUUUGGGGAACGCCUUAGCUAUAUUCGUCAAAAUAAAUAUAAUUUGCUAAUCAAAUACAGUAUGUUUUUGGCCUAUAGCUAUGUCUCGUGUGUGCACAAUAUCUAGUUGUUUACUAACUUAGUUAGCUUGCUACUGUAAAAUUGCUGUGUUAAAUUGUCUUUUUUUUCCUAGCCUUAAACAAGUUCCAGUGUAUUUUUCUGGGAAAUCAUAGUAUGACUUAAUCUCUUCUGGGAAAUGAAUAAGGGAACUAGGCAACAAAAUGUGAAAGAAAACACUAGAAGGUGUUUCUCAGAGCUUCUCAGAGUCCCAAUCCCCGCUAGCUAGCCAAUCACCACACUGAAUCAUUUCAGGUGAGGGGUGCAUCUUUCUAGAUCUGUCCCCUCUGUUUUGAUGGUGAUUUGCUGGCUGCAUUACUGCUCUCAUGCAUUAUAAUCCUUUGGUGUUUCCGGGUUUGCUUGAUUAAUGAGAGGAUGUGGACUGGUUAAUUAGAGGCUGUGGACUGGUUCAUGAGAGGCUGUGGAAACAGAGUGAGUAGACCACCCUGUGAGUACAUUAAAGAUGAGCUCAUGAUAACAGUUCUGUGUGUGAUGUGGGAGCCAGCCUCCUGUCAAGCUAUUCUUUCAAAUGACUGCUUUUGUUGCCACAGCUGCACUGUAGUCAUACAUCACUUGUCCUAUUAACCACUACGUCAUAGUCGCACACAGACAGCUUUGUCACCGGCUCAGACACAUACAGUUGAAGUUCCUGACAUUUAAUCCUAGUAAAAAUUCCCUGUCUUAGGUCAGUUAGGAUCACCACAUUAUUUUAAGAAUGUGAAAUGUCAGAAUAAUAGUAGAGAAUGAUUUGAGCUUUUAUUUCUUUCAUCACAUUCCCAGUGGGUCAGAAGUUUGCAUACACUCAAUUAGUAUUUUGUAGCAUUGCCUUUAAAUUGUGUAACUUGGGUCAAACGUUCCGGGUAGCCUUCCACAAGCUUCCCACAAUAAGUUGGGUGAAUUUUGGCCAAUUCCUCUUGACAGAGCUGGUGUAACUGAGUCAGGUCUGUAGGCCUCCUUGCUCGCACACGCUUUUUCAGUUCUGCCCACAAAUAUUCUAUAGGAUUGAGGCCAGGGCUUUGUGAUGGCUACUCCAAUACCUUGACUUUGUUGUCCUUAAGCCAUUUUGCCACAACUUUGGAAAUAUGCUUGGGGUCAUUGUCCAUUUGGAAGACCCAUUUGCAACCAAGCUUCCUGACUGAUGUCUUGAGAUGUUGCUUAAAUAUAUCCACAUCAUUUUACCUCCUCAUGAUGCCAUCUAUUUUGUGAAGUGCACCAGUCCCUCCGGCAGCAAAGCACACCCACAUCAUGAUGCUGCCACCCCCGUGCUUCACGGUUGGGAUGGUGUUCUUUGGCUUGCAAGCCUCCCCCUUUUUCCUCCAAACAUAACGAUGGUCAUUAUGGCCAAAUAGUUAUAUUUUUGUUUCAUCAGACCAGAGGACAUUUCUCCAAUAAAUACAAUCUUUGUCCCCAUGUGCAGUUGCAAACCGUAGUCUGGCUUUUUUAUGGAUGUUUUGGAGCAGUGGCUUCUUCCUUGCUGAGCGGCCUUUCAGGUUAUGUCGAUAUAGGACUUGUUUUACUGUGGAUAUAGAUACUUUUGUACCGGUUUCCUCUAGAGGUCGACCGAUUAUGAUUUUUCAACGCCGAUACUGAUUAUUGGAGGACCAAAAAAGCCAAUACCGAUUAAUCAGCCGAUUUUUAUUUUUUUAUUUUAUUUGUAAUAAUGACAAUUACAACAGUACUGAAUGAACACUUAUUUUAACUUAAUAUAAUACAUCAAUAAAAUCAAUUUAUCCUCAAAUAAAUAAUGAAACAUGUUCAAUUUGGUUUAAAUAAUGCAAAAACAAAGUGUUGGAGAAGAAAGUAAAAGUGCAAUAUGUGCCAUGUAAAGCUAACGUUUAAGUUCCUUGCUCAAAACAUGAGAACAUAUGAAAGCUGGUGGUUCCUUUUAACACGAGUCUUCAAUAUUCCCAGUUAAGAAGUUUUAGGUUGUAGUUAUUCUAGGACUAUUCCUCCCUAUACCAUUUGUAUUUCAUAUACCUUUGACUAUUGGCUGUUCUUAUAGGCACUGUAGUAUUGCCAGUCUAAUCUCGGGAGUUGAUAGGCUUCAAGUCAUAAACAGGGUUGUGCUUCAAUCAUUGCGAAGAGCUGCUGGUAAACUCAGUAAAGUGCUGUUUGAAUGAAUGCUUACGAGCCUGCUGCUGCCUACCACCGCUCAGUCAGACUGCUCUAUCAAAUAUCGAAUCAUAGACUUAAGUAUAAUAUAAUAAACACACAAAUACGAGCCUUUGUCCAUUUAUAUGGUCAAAUCCUGGAAACGAUAAUUUAGAAAACUAAAUGUUUAUUCUUUCAGUGAAAUACGGAACCGUUCCGUAUUUUAUCGUACAGAUGGCAAGUCUAAGUCUAAAUAAUGCUGUUACAUUUCACAACCUUCAAUGUUAUGUCAUAAUUAUGUAAAAUUCUGGCAAAUUAAUUAUGGUCUUUGUUAGGAAGAAAUGGUCUUCACACAGUUUGUAACGAGCCAGGUGGCCCAAACUGCUGCAUAUACCCUGGCGCGAAUGCACUUUUGUUAAAUCAUCACCCAUUUGGCGAAGUAGGCUGUGAUUUGAUGAUAAAUUAACGGGCACCGCAUUGAUUAUAUACAACACAGGACAAGCUAGUUAAACUAGUAAUAUCAUCAACCAUGUGUAGUUAACUAGUGAUUUAUGUUAAGAUCGUUUUUUAUAAGAUAAAAUGCUAGCUAGCAAUUUACCUUGGCUCCUUGCUGCACUCACGUAACAGGUGUUCAGCCUGCCACGCAGUCUCCUCGUGGAUUGCAAUGUAAUCUGUGUCCAAAAAUUCUGAUUGUUAUGAAACUUGAAAUCGGCCCUAAUUAAUCGGUCGACCUCUAAUGUAACUAGUCUACUUUCGGCGAAGUUGGCCAUUUUGAAUCCAAAAUAGGUGACAUGUGUGAUUCGUGUAGAUCCAAUGAGAAAAGUGAGGGAGGGGGGGGGGGGCUUUGGAUCACUACUGGCUGUAUGCGGACGAGUGAUGUGUGUUUGGAGCAAUACUGGCUGUAUCCAAGGCUCAGCCAAUCGGUCACAUAACAGAAUGCAGCACGCGCCUGAAGAGAGAAGAGACACCAAUGUGUUAGUUUCAGCAUCCGCACACGCUGAAAGAGCGGAGAGUGGAAUGGAAGUUUACCAGCUACAGCAGCGCAUCCCCUGGACAAUAACGAAGAGAAGACUGCUGAGGAGAGCUGUGGUGGCACUGACAAGGCAAGCCAAACUCAAACAGUAGGAGAAAUGCAGCCUCCUGGACUGAUGGGAAACUCUGAGGAUUUCUGUCUGGGGCUGUGGUAAUGUCUCUAGACAGACUAACAUUUGAAGGACAAACAACCUUACCAAAAAUGGAAAUAUUAGGAUUUUCCAACAACUCUUGUGAAGGUUCAGACCACUUCUCCUAGGUCCAUCAGAUGUUUUUGUUCAUUAUCACAAUUUUUCGGAUUAACUGGGAUCGUCCCACUUAUGCUCUUAAAUGGAUUCCGUUGGCUCUCUGGUUAGCAUUCAAGAUGAGGACCAGUCCUAUCGUGUCCGAUACAGGAUGGAGGCGUCUUGUCUGGAGCUGGCCCUGGAGGGGGAGCGGCUCUGUAAGGUGGACGACUACAGCGCAGGGGUGUCCUUCUUCGAGGCGGCCAUCCAGGUUGGAACUGAGGACCUGCAGGUGCUGAGUGCCAUCUAUAGCCAGCUGGGCAACGCCUACUUCCACCUGCAUGAUUACGGCAAGGCCUUGGAGUUCCACCAUCAUGACCUCACCUUGACCAGGACCAUCAGGGACCAGCAGGGAGAGGCGAAAGCCAGUGGUAACCUAGGCAACACGCUAAAGGUGUUGGGUAGGUUUGAUGAGGCUUUGGUGUGCUGUCAGAGGCACUUAGACAUCGCCGUGGACCUGCACGACAAGGUGGGGCAGGCGAGGGCGCUGUAUAACUUUGGGAAUGUGUAUCAUGCCAAAGGCAAGACCAUCUGUUGGAGCGGAGCGGAGCCUGGAGAGUUCCCUGAGGAGGUCAUGACUGCACUUAGGAAAGCAGCGGAAUACUAUGAAGCAAACUUAUCCAUAGUGAAGGAGCUUGGAGAUUGUGCCGCCCAGGGCCGAACAUACGGUAACCUUGGCAACACACACUACCUAUUAGGAGACUUCCAGAAUGCAGUGGCCUCACAUGAACAGCGCCUCCAGAUUGCCAAGGAGUUUGGCGACCGCUCGGCAGAGAGAAGGGCCUACUGCAACCUGGGGAACGCCUAUAUCUUUCUGGGGGAAUUUGAAGUGGCAGCUGAGCAUUACAAGAGGACUCUGCAGCUGGCCAGACUGCUGAAGGACCGGGCUGUAGAGGCUCAGGCCUGUUACAGUCUGGGAAACACCUACACAUUGCUCCAGGACUACGAUAGGGCUAUAGACUACCACCUCAAACACCUCAUCAUCGCACAGGACCUCAACGACAGGAUCGGUGAGGGCCGGGCGUGCUGGAGUUUAGGGAACGCUCACACAGCCCUGGGGAACCAUGACCAGGCCAUGCACUUUGCUGAGAAACACCUGGAGAUCUCCAAAGAGACUGGGGACCGGAGUGGAGAACUCACAGCCCGUAUGAACGUGUCAGACUUGCAGAUGGUCCUCGGGCUGAGCUAUAGAACCAACGACUCCACCCUGUCUGAGAACCCCAUCAAGGACAUCGACUACAACCUGCACGGGGCCAGGCCCAGGAAUGGCAGACGGCACAGCAUGGAAAACCUGGAGCUCAUGAAACUCACCCCAGACAAGAUCAACGCUCAGAAGUGGAACAGCGACAUCCUGACCAAGCAGUCUAAACCCACCCUGGCUAAGAGCUCCUCUAAGCUGUUCUUUGUCAGCCGUCUGCGGGACAAGAAGCACAAGGCUGGGGGCUCCAGUAAAGUCCUGCAGGACACCAGUAACAACUCACAAACCCCCGCACAGGGACCACAGAAGAGGGCCAGUCCAGACAUGCUCGGGGAUGAGGGCUUCUUUGACCUGCUGAGUCGUUUCCAGAGCAACAGGAUGGACGACCAGCGCUGUUCCAUACAGGACAAGAGCUCCUCUGACUCUCCAGCCAGAGCCAUGAGGAAAUCUGUGUCAGAGUCAGCGGCUGUAACAGGCCUGGGUUCUGGGUCUGGUUGCCGGUUAGAGGACGGUGGAGGGGCUGGGGGUAGUUUGCCCGUCCUUCGGGUCCACCAGAACAGAAGCCAGGCUGUCCUCAGCCACCUGAUGGCCAAUGCAGAUAACUCUGAGCCUGACGAUGACUUCUUCAACAUGCUCGUCAAGUGCCAGGGUUCCCGUCUGGAUGACCAGCGCUGCGCCCCUCCUCCGGCACGUGGCCCCACUGUCCCAGACGAGGACUUCUUCAGCCUCAUCAUGAGGUCCCAGGCCAAACGCAUGGACGAGCAGCGGGUCACCCUGCCCUCUGCAGCACGGCCAUGCUCCAACUGAGCCUUGCCCAAGGAGAGGCCCCCGAUGGCGGGGUGAAAACCCAGGAGAGUGGGCCUCUCUGGAGGUGAACAGUGUGGAAGAGUGUUUUGUAUUUGUCCAUGACAUUGAUGCUGUACUCAACAGUGAAUGGGGCUAUUUUACAUUGAGAAGUUAGUCUAUGGUCUUUUCUCUCCGUAACAGACACUGUGUUGCUUCCAACAAUAAUGGUUGUUGAUAAUCCUGCCCAUGGUGGGAUUCAGAAGUCUCAUGUUUCCCAGUUGAAAGCACUGCUAGCAUUAAUGUAGGUGCCUAUAGGGAACAGUCAUGAACUCUAAAAGAAACCCACUGAAGGGUUCUAGAAUAUGGAACCAUUUUUCCUUAUGGGGAAUACUCGACCUUGCACUCUACGAUCUGGAACUGUACCGGACAUGUUGUGAAAUUGCACAGACAAACAUGAUGCCCUGAACCUACUCAUCUUAUGUUUAACAAUUAUGUACUCCAUAGAAUUUUACUACCAUUUAUUUCUAAGCUCUUGCAUACUGCCGUUACACCUACCCUUGAUUUGAUUUUGCACCAGAUUUUUCUGACGUAGACUAGACUGUUACAGCACUCUUUCCAGCAGGUAGCCUAGCGGUUAGAAUGUUGGGCCAGUAACCUAAAGGUCGCUGGUUCGAAUCCUGAGCCGACCAGGUAAAAAAAAAUCUGCCGAUGUGCUUUUGAACAAGACACGUAACCCUAAUUGCGUCUGAUAAUGUAUUUAAUAGUCUGUUAGAAGUUAUGAAUGAGGGGGAUGGGAUACCUCAUUUAGGUAAGGAUUUAAAAAAAGAAAAUGCUCUCAGGCUUAAUAAUCAUUGAUAAAAUAAUGAAUUUACCUGUGGAUGUGUACAGUCCCUGAUGCUCUUCUGUACUUCCUAUAUUUUCUGACAGAGGAAUAAAGCUACAUUUAUUUAGUAUAGAAAUUGUUUUGUCUUAACUUUGGGUUUGGUGAACCAUUGAGUUAGCUGGAGAGGUGUCAAAGCACAGCUUUCCACAAGGCAACUACCAAACCGUGAGGCUAGGUGUGUAAUUGAACCAUAAAUAACAUUUUAUUUGUCACACACAUGGUUAGCAGAUGUUAAUGCGAGUGAAGUGCUUCUGACAAAAAACAAUUCCUAGGAACGCGAGGCGGCCAUCUGUCGGCGCCGGAAGUGUGCUUACAUCUUAUUCCUAAAGUUCUUGAAUGAUACAUCUCAAACUUCAGACCUUUUAGUGUGUACUAACUACAGUCCUAUCAGAUCACACUAGUUCAGUCAAGGGUCAGAGGCUUUUAUUUACAUACCACUGCAGCGAUCACACUUUCAUUUCUCUUAGUCACUUAAAACAAGUUUUUAUAAAAGCUAAAUACAAGAACCACCAUCUUAUUUCAUAUCAACAGAAAAUCAUGACUAGACAUACAAUAACAAAUUAUAAAUACAUAUUAGUUUGGCCUUAUUUUAAAAUGGAUGAACAAAGCCUAAAACUCAAGCCUGCAUCUUGAUAAGUGUCUGGUGCAAACAUAAGAUACAGAAACUAAACAUGGCCCGCAACACAGGUUCAUAAAUGUGAUGUAGAGCUUUUUCUAAGAUUUCAUUGUGCAUAAGAAUCCCUUUAUAUGGUCAGUCUGCCAUCUAGGUAACAACCAGUAACAUUGCAGAACUAAGUAAAGCUAUACAAGUGAUUGUUUCUUCCAACUGAACUGUACGCCGCUGCAGC